AUGCCUCCUGCUCCGCCACCUCCGCUGAAAUCUAAUCUUCAUCGGCAUCGCCAGCUCGCACCCAAUGCGUCAAUCCGCGUUUCUCCCCUCUGCCUUGGGACGAUGAAUUUUGGAGAGGCUUGGAAAGAGAGGAUGGGGGAGUGUUCCAAGGAGACUGCUUUCCAAAUUCUCGAUCACUUCUUCGAGAAAGGGGGAAACUUCAUCGAUACUGCUAAUGGCUAUCAAAACGAAGAGUCCGAGAUGUGGAUCGGUGAAUGGCUGGCGACCCGACAAGUUCGAGAUCAGGUGGUAAUCGCAACCAAAUUUUCGGCCAGCUAUAAGGGGUAUGAGCAGGACACCAUCCAGUCAAACUAUGGGGGCAACGGCAUCAAAUCCAUGCGCCUUUCUUUGGCUGCUUCUCUUAAGAAGUUACAAACCGAAUACGUCGACAUCUUCUAUGUUCACUGGUGGGACUAUGCCACCACCAUUCCGGAACUGAUGCACGCACUCAACGACUUGGUCUCUGGGGGGAAGGUCCUUUAUCUCGGCAUUUCCGAUACCCCAUCCUGGGUGGUUACGAAAGCCAAUCAAUAUGCGCGUGAUCACGGCUUGCGCCCGUUCGUGGUCUACCAGGGGAUGUGGAAUGCGUCGAUACGUGACCUAGAACGGGAGAUCCUGCCCAUGUGUCGGGAUGAAGGGAUGGCCAUCUCUCCAUAUGGGACUCUGGGCCAGGGGCGAUUUCAGACCGAGGCCACCUUCCGCCAGCGCGAGCAGACUCAGACGGGGCGCAAAUCAAAACCUCCAACCGCGGUGGAGAUCGCCGUCUCCAAGGUGCUCGAGGGGAUUGCGACCAAGAAAGACACAGACAUCACCAGUGUCGCACUGGCCUAUGUCAUGCAGAAAGCGCCCUACGUGUUUCCGAUCGUGGGGGGGAGGAAGGUGGACCACCUUCAGGGAAACAUCAAGGCUUUGAGCAUUGCCCUAGAUGCUCAGGAGCUUGCACAAAUUGAAACCAGCUACGAGUUUGAUCCUGGGUUUCCCCAUACCUUCUUAAGUGGUUCUCUGUUCACGGAGGAGAAACCGUGGGCGGCCCAAAAGCCCGACGAUGUUUGGUUGACCAAACUGAUCGGCACCUUCGACUGGGUUCAACCGCCGACUCCUAUUAUCCCUCCCUCUGCCAACCAGUAA